AGCAGCUCAUUGCUACGACGAAGAAGACAGCAGCAGGCGGCAAGCAGCAAGCACGCUGCCGCUUCUUGCCCCCCACCGCUCGUGUUCUAGUAGCAAGGCUUGGAGACAACAACAACAACACCACCACCACCAAUUCAUCGUGGUUCAUUGAUUCCGUCCUCCGGCUUGAGCGAUUUGUCACGGCUGUCUCUCCAGCAUUACUGGCCGGAACACGUGGGGGUUGACCACGCCGGGUGUGCGGCUGUGGGGUCUUGCUGCUGUUGUUGUUAAUACCGAUUUGGAAGCCUUUCACACACCCCCCCCCCCCAUCUCUCCCCGCUACAUGGAGAAGCAUGCUUCGUCUACUCGGGAUGCCCGGCAAUGUUCGCCUGUCACUGCCGCCCGUGUCGUUGUUGUGUUCACGGCUUCGUCCCGGCGGCUGCUGAUGAUGAUGCUGAUGAUGAUGGCCGUGGCCUUGCCGGGGCUGCUCCCCUCGGCAGCCGCAGCGCCAGGCGAGUGGACUGCUUGCUUGGAUACUCAGUUCCAGUGCCGUAAUGGCCGGUGCGUGACUCUCGCCUGGCGCUGUGAUGGUGACCUUGACUGCCCGGACAACAGUGACGAGGAAAACUGCCCGAAGCACACCUGCUCCGAGCGCGACUUCGUCUGCGGCAACGGCGACUGCAUCCCUCUGCGAUGGCUGUGCGACGGAGACGUGGACUGCGUGGAUCGUUCAGACGAAUCGCAGGAGCAUUGCAGCCACCGGACAUGCCUCGCCACUGACUUCAGCUGCGGGGGCAGCGUGGCCCAGUGCAUACCCCAGGCGUGGCGAUGUGACCAAGAAACCGACUGCAAGAACGGUGCCGACGAACUGGACUGCGGCAAUGUAACAUGCUUGCCAGACGAGUUCACCUGUGCCAACCACAAGUGCCUGGCAGGCCGCUUGCGCUGUGACCGCGAUGACGACUGCGGCGACGGCUCGGACGAGAUGGGCUGCCCCCAGCUCACGUGCGGCCCUCACGAGUUUGCGUGUGCCGACCUCCAGCAGUGCAUGCCCCGCCGCUGGGUUUGUGACAAAGAUCCCGACUGCCAGGAUGGCUCUGACGAGUGGGCACAGCUGUGUGACAAGAUGUCGGGCAACCCAGAGUCGAUGGCGAUGCCGGACUGCGAGGUGAACGGCUACCGCUGCGGCAGCGGGGAGUGCGUGCACGGCAGCUGGAAGUGUGACGGCGCAGAAGACUGCAAGGACGGCAGCGAUGAGCACAGCUGCCAAUACCAGGCGUCGAUGGGGACGUGCCGCCCGGGCGAGUUUCCCUGCGUCAACAGCUCCGUGUGCGUCCCUGCGUUCAACUUGUGCGACGAGCAACUGGACUGCCCUGACGGGAGUGACGAGGCCCGGUGCCCGCCCAACGCGACGGACUCGUGUGAACCGGGCCAGUUCCAGUGCGGCACGAAGGACUGCAUCGACGCGAGCAGCGUGUGCGACGGUGUCGCUCACUGCAGGGAUGGCUCUGACGAACAUGGCGAGAAGUGCGGUGUUAACGAGUGUUUGGUGAAAAAUGGUGGUUGUACCUCAAUUUGUCGGGACCUCCUGAUCGGCUACGAAUGUGCAUGCCAGCCAGGCUUAAAGCUCCUGUCCUCUGGGAAUUGCGUCGCCGAAGACUGUGAACCGGACCAGUUUGUGUGCGGCAGCAAGGAGUGCAUCGACCCCGCCAAGGUGUGCGAUGGCACCAGCCACUGCAGGGAUGGCUCUGAUGAACCCAGCAGCCAGUGUGGGGUGAACGAAUGCCUGCGCGACAAUGGAGGAUGCUCUUCGAUCUGCCAGGAUCUCAAGAUUGGCUACGAAUGCCAGUGUCUGCCGGGAUUUCAGCUCGUAGAUGGGAAAGUCUGCGUAGAUGUGGAUGAGUGCCAGCGCGUGGGCGUGUGCAGCCAGGUGUGCGUCAACCUCAAGGGAGGCUUCAAGUGCGAGUGCCUCAACGGCUACCUCCUGGACCCCAAGACUGGCGCCUGCAAGGCUCUCGGCAAGGAACCGUACGUGAUCUUCACGAACCGCCAUGACAUCCGCAAGCUGGACACGGCGCGCAACGAGUACUCGCAGGUGGUGCCACGCACGCGCAACGCGGUGGCGCUGAGCUUGCACGUCUCCAACAACACCAUCCUGUGGUCUGACCAACACCAGAAGCUCAUCCUCAGCGCCGUGAUCGGCAAGGCCAGCGACUCUAAAAACCACGCGGUGGUGAUUGCGCAAGGCUUGAGCUUUGUGGAGGGAAUGGCGGUGGACUGGAUCCACAACACUCUCUACUGGUCCGACUCUGGCUUCAAGACCUUGUCAGUGGCCACCAUGGACGGGCGGCGGCGCAAGUUGUUUGACAGCGGCCUGCAGGAGCCACGUGCUAUUGCGGUGGACCCCAUUGCUGGAUGGCUUUACUGGUCGGACUGGGGCGAGCCGGCAAAGAUUGAGAAGGCCGGAAUGAAUGGCGCCAACCGGCACGCGAUCGUCACCCACAACAUCCAGUGGCCAAACGGGAUCGCUCUGGACUUGGCAAACCGUCGUCUCUACUGGGUGGACUCGAAGCUGCACACUCUCUCAAGCGUCGACACGUCUGGGCAGGACCGUGUUACGGUGCUCGCGUCCUACAAUGAUCUCCUGCACCCGUUCUCGAUCGCCGUAUUCGAGGACAAGGUGUACUGGACGGAUGGUGAAGAGGAGGCCAUCUUCAGCAUGAAUAAGUUCACGGGCGGCGGCCGCCGUGCACUCGCCGAGAACCUCCACAGCCCUCAGGACAUCGUGGUGGUGCACCCCCUCGUGCAGCCCAGCGGCCCCAAUCGUUGCGAGGGCAGUGGCUGCGAGUAUCUCUGUCUGCCGGCACCACAAGUCGGUGCUGCAUUGCCGCUCUUCUCCUGCGCGUGUGCCGACAAUUCCCAUCUCAACCCCGACGGAAAAACCUGCAGCGCCGCCACCAUUGCAGUGUCCACCGCAGCGCGACCCACCAGCAACGCCGAGAUUGCCCCAAUCCCAGGUCCCGCCGUCGGCCCAGGUAGUACGGCUGCCAUGCCCGCCAUGGAAACAACCGCCCCCGGCAUACCCACCCUGCCUGCAGGCAACAGGGGCUGGCUGGGGGCCUGGCUGUCGACGGAAGCUCCGUCAAUUUCCACCAACGCGGAAUCGGAGAGCGGCUCUGCCUCCACGGUGGUUGGGGUUCUUAUCCCUUUGGCGAUCUUGGCCAUGGUGUGCGUGGCUGGCUUCUACCUUUGGCGGAACUGGAAGUUGAGAAACACCAAGAGCAUGAACUUUGACAACCCCGUGUAUCGAAAGACGACAGAGGACGACGACUUUGCGCUGGACCACAACGCGUCGCUCGCCCCCUCUGUGGGCCACGUCUACCCGCCGCUGCCUUGAUUGUCGCUGCUCUAUUCCCAGCUGGUGGCGGUGAGCACAGAAGACGAUGAGUGAAGAGCGACGCGUUCUCCUCCUGUGGCUGUCGGCAGUGACAUGAUGUAUCAAUUCAACCCCUCCCAUCCCUCCACACCUCCAACCUUAACAAAGCACUGGUGGUUUGUGUUCAUGUGUUUGUUGCACUAGCAGGGAGGAAGUUUGUCCUUUGUUUAAUAACUUGGUUGAAAAGGGAACUUUUCGGGUAAUUUGUCUUAUCAAUUAUAUCUAUACACCCAGCUGGCUGCAACAUUGAAGCUGUGUAGACUAGUUUCAUGCAACAAAAACCAAAUCUGCCUCUUCCCUCCAAUUUAGUUUUUUCUUCCCAGUAAAAAUAUUGUGCAAUUUGAAGGCUCCGGCAGGUGCAUUUCUAGGGGCUGCGAUGCAAGGUGCACGAUUUGAGCCGUGGCCACAUCCCAUGCUAGAGAAUUUAACUCCUGCAUAGGUUCUCACUUGGGCCUUGUGCCUCCUGCAUGUUGUGGCUUUUAUUGUUUUGAACCUUGUGCGUUUUUGGCACUGGCCGUUUCACUCCGUAUGCCUGCGAGCCUCUUUUUAAUCCAUUCUGGACGCUUCCCAGUCUGUGGGGUGCAUUUGACAUGAAAUCCAUGUGGUGCAAGCAACCUAAGCUCCCGAACUAAAUAUGCCAAUGCAUCUUCUAUUGCUAGUAUACGAAAAUAAAAUUUCUCACCCCCCCCCCCUUACGUUGAGGUUGAUUCUAGUGUGGUACAGUAUUUAUCAGACUGCCUUGUCUUGCAGUAGCCUACUCAAUUCUUGUUACCUCCCUUUUCCAGCUGUAAAUUGAAUGGCUUGUCUUUUGCUCACCAAACGCACGUAGUUUUUCUGGCGCUAGUAUGUCCACGCAUGUCCCUGGUGGCACCCCCCCCGCCCUCCCUCUCUGGUGCGAAUGCAGCAACAAUCUUAACUGGAGAACCUUUCUCCAAUGACAUUGUUUUGUACACGCAAGCUGCAAAUGCCUUGGGCUGGUACACCCCCAGUGUGCAUUGCAACGGUCAACCCUGUCAUUAAUUGCAGUCGGUUGUGGCUCACAACUUCAGGUUGGGAGGCUUGGUCGUUCUACCUAGAGGUUUUUCCAGCCUCCUGCAGCAAUAAGUUAUUGACGUUAAAGUGUCUACCCACUGGAUAAUUGUACACAUUUUUAGCCGCGUAAUGUUGGUCUGCGAAGCCACUGCACUUCGCAUACUUAAAUUAAUCCACCUGCACGGAUCUCCAAGAUGGUGAUGCCUGCUUGCAGCCUCAACCUGAUGCCACGUGGCCCAUCUUAAACCUCCACUGGUGGCGGUUAAUCGGUGGCUUUGACCAGUGGUGUGCAUGGUGAAAGUAAUGGGUUUGGACAAGGGAUAACUUUUUUUGUACGAAAAUGAAAAAAUAAAUGACUUGGUGCUUUGCUUGUGCAAAAAAAUUUCAAUUUCUGCUGUACAUAAACGUGGCUUAUCGCUGUACAUUGUUCUGUGAAUCACUGAAAAGUUUGGCAAUUUGAAAACGGGUGGAUUUUGCUUUUUGCAAAUGAUAAUUCGCCAUUGACUUAUUGAGCCAGAGUGUAUUUAUUUGUGCUUUGUGUAUGGUUUAUUUAUAAUUUUUGUCCUGCCAUGAUUUGUGCAACUACUGGAAUCUACACGCUCCCCUACCGUUGGUCCGAAAGAAGCAAGCGGCGUUGCGCACAAUGUGAAAAAUUGACACCCGUGUCUGUCCUUCCUUCGUCAACUGUACAAAGUUCUUAUUAAAGAAACGGUUUUCA